UUUGAUAAUUUUGAACAAGUUGUGACAUAAACAAGAUAGUUAAUUGCUAUAAAAAGACAUAAAAUAUCAAAUUAUACACAUUCAUAUAAUUGAAACUUUUGGAAGAAGCUAAAGCCUUAAAUCAUUUUGACAAUGAAAGUUUUAAUUAUUUUAUCCGCAAGUGUUUUGUUAAUGUUUCAUGUCAUUGCUGAUAAUGGCCGUGAUAGUGGACCAAGAGGAACACCAACUUUACCUUCAUUUAAUUGCACGGUGUGGGAAAAAUGGCUCAAUACUACUUGGCGCGAGAUUUCACUUCCACAUGCUUAUGAUUGCACAAAAUUCUAUGAAUGUAAUGACAUUGUAAUUAUUGAAAAGACUUGUGCUGAUCGAUAUCGAACUCGUUAUGAUCCAUUUUCAAAAAGAUGUGACUGGAACUACAAAACAAAAUGCUUUACUUUUUAUGACUUUAGUAAAGUCUAUGAAUCAUUGGUAGGAAAGAAGAAUUGGAUGGCAAAUUAAAAAUUGGAACAUAAAAAUGAAUUAUCAAAGUUUUAAAAGUGUAAUUUUAUGUAGUGCUAAAAUGCUUCUGUUCUUAAUAAAAUUGCAAGCACACCUGCAUUUAAUGUUUAAAAAAUCAUAGC